AUGAAGGCCCGCAGGUUCCUCCUUGCCCUGGCUCUGCUUGCCCUCGGGGCCCAGGGUGCCUCCUUGGCUGGCCAAGGGGAGCAAGCCAAGGACGGCCACUGUUACAACGUGCCACCCUUGGGAGAUGUCUUUGACACCCAGGACUGCAGUGCCUGCCUGAAGAACAAGUCCUGCUCCAACUGUGCCAGGGAUGACCGGUGCCCAGGCACCCAGAAAUGCUGCCCUGGUGACUGUGGCUAUGUCUGCCAGGAGGCCAUUAUGGAUAUCUGCCAGCUCCCCUCCGUCAGUGGAAACUGCAAGGCGAUGUUCCCACGCUUCUUCUACGAUGCCUCCACUCAGAAAUGUGAGAAGUUCAUCUAUGGUGGCUGUGGGGGGAACAAGAACAACUUUGAAUCUGAAGACGAGUGUCUCAAAGCCUGUGGGUCGCUCCAGAGUGCCAGCCGCUCCCCAGCCAAAAGCAAAGACUAG